AUGAUUGCCGGAAUCGCCAAGAUGAAGCGGCUCCGACUGGUUCUACUACCAGCGAUUAUACUAGGCUUAUGUUUUAUACUUUUAAUAAACCAACUACAUUGGGGUAAACUGCCGACUUCGACUAGCUCUCUCGCCGACUUGAUGAGAUACUUGGGUAUUGACGAAGCUGCAGGGACACACGAGUUGAAGUCGUCGCGUGUGCCCCAUGUAUCGACGGAUACUGCACCUGAUUCGACCAAGGGGGAAAAAAAAAAGCUGAAAACGGACCAGAACCCUAAUCUGUUUUUGGGUGAUAUCAACGAGAUGGAUGAAGCCGAGAGGAGUCUGUUCAUGGGAGUAGAGCAAAAGGAUCUCUUGGGUGUGCCGCAAAAGGGCCAUGUCUAUGAAGUGGUCACUGUGCCCAAGGCCAAAAUCGGGAAUCUUGUAUCGACAAACUUUGACACCACGGCCAUCACGCCCGUGAAGUUUAGAAUUUACUCGCAUAAUAUCAAGAAUGGAGGCCAGCGCGAGCUUAUCGUUGGCGAGGUGCCCUGGCAUGACCGCGUCAAGGAUAUCGCCAUGUCUAUCAAAUUCAACACCGUUGAGAACACCAUAAUCACACUUCAAGAACUGUACAAAUUUCAAGUGUUGGACAUAAUGAAACUACUCAAUCUGUACGGUGGUGCUAACGGGGAGAAGGAGGAUGAAGGAGACAAAAGCUGGGCCUAUUAUGGGCACGGACGUAUUGACGGGGAGGACCUUGGUGAGUUUGCACCCAUCAUAUACAAUACUCGUGAGUGGGAGAUGCUCUACAAUGAUACAUUUUGGUUAAACGACCAAAGUCCACGAGCGUCGUACCAAGGGUGGGAUGCCAAGUACCCGAGAAUUUGCAGCUACGUCUCGUUGCGCCACAGGAAGCUGCAGCUCUUGAUGAAUUUUUUCAACACUCAUUUCGACCAUAUAGGCGUACAAGCCAAGUCGGGCUCCGCCGCACUCAUCAUCAGGGCAAUGGAUGUGUUGCAGAAGAAACAAAGCAGAGCAGGUAACCUAUGGCCCACUUUUGUCAUGGGCGACUUAAACUCGGAGCCCAACGAAGAAGGAGUCAAGAUCCUCAAGGAAUGGUUCACGGACGCCGUUCGACUCACUACUGCUGAAAACAGGUAUGGCCACACCAAGUCCACGGUCACUGGAUUCGAAGGAGAAGUAUUGGAGAAUGGCGGCCAGAACAUCGACUACAUCUUUGUGCCAAAGUACGCGCGAGGCAUUGGCCUGGCAAGCAAGUGCGACGACGUGCGUGGCUCGAACAAGUUCCCAGAAAGAGCAGACUUGACGGUGUUGCAAUAUGGAAUGUUGCAUUCCAAGUUCAACGGACGCUACAUGAGUGAUCACCGACCGAUUGUGGCCGACUUGAUGAUUACAAAAAAGUGCGCUGACACUAAAUAG